GAGCCCUUUGCGUCACAGCAACAAAACAAUCCUGACGUUCUCGCUUUCGUUUUCUUCAAAACGAGGCGUUACGAAUCAAGGGGAAAGGGUUCAUUACGACCCACUGGGCGAGAAGAUGGCGUCUGUCGUGUCCAACCACAUCCUUAAAGCGCUUUGUAAUAACCAGUGCUGUUUGGAGUUCCAGCAGCUGCACGGUAUUUUACGGCAAAGUUUCACGGUGGAUCACGGGCUCCUGCAGCUCACACUGCUGGACAGCUCGCGCUUCCGUGUUGUGGAUGAGGAAUCGGCAGUGCGCGCGCUCAGUCCCACUGCUUUACUUAUUGCGACAACGUCGUUAGGUUUGUGUAAAGACCCGACGAAAUGCACGAGCUGUGAGGAACUGCACUUGUGUCGGUAUCUAGUGUGCGGAAACUGCAGAUUCGGGAAUAAAUGCAAAAACUCUCACGAUUUGAAAUCGCCACAUAAUUCUGAACUCCUGAAAAAGAGGAAUCUACAUUUCCUUGAAGAUGCACAGUUGUUUCAACUUCUGCUACAGAAUGAACCAUCUCUUGUUCCAGAGAUUUGUUCUCACUAUAAUAAGGGAAAUGGAGAACAUGGAAGCUGUAAAUAUCAGACUUCCUGCACCAGCCUGCACAUCUGCCAGCACUUCCUACAAGAUGACUGUAAAUUUGGAGCUGUCUGCAAGCGAGCUCAUAAUUUCGAUUCAACUGCCAUGAAAAUUUUGAUCGGCAGAGGUUUCAGCCCAGACAAUAUUCGCACUCUUCAGAAAACAUACAAGAAUAAGUUUCUUCUCACCAAUCAGACUGACAAGACUAUCUCCAAAGGAGCAGAGAAAGACAUGCAAGUGAAAAGACAGCCCUCCAGAAGCUCAGUAAGUGACGCAGACCCCGAUGAAAUCUGCCUCUUUUACGUGCGCAAGGGAUGCAGUUUCAAAGAUAAAUGUGUCCGUCUUCAUCAUGAGCGACCUUAUAAAUGGGAGAUUGUGGAUGAAGUUGGAGUGUCAUGGAAACCAUUUCCCAAUGAAGAGGAUGUUGAGAAGGACUACUGUGAUCCAGCUAAUGACACAAGCUCCGGGCUUCUGACUGUGGACUUCACUUCAAUGAUGUGUGGAAAGAAAAAAGUUCGUCGUCUGUCCACAGCGUCCUCCGUCACCAAACCUCCUCACUUCAUCCUGACCACAGAGUGGCUUUGGUACUGGAAGAAUGAUAAAGGGCAAUGGAUUGAAUAUGGCUAUGGGGAAGAUGGAAAACAAGUGACAUCGAUCACCUCAAAAGCCUUAGAGAACGUGUUCCUCUCUGAAAUUGAAACCGAAAUUCCAUUCAGCCUGGGUGGGAAUGAUUAUGUGCUCAACAUAACAGAAAUGUAUCAACAAAACAAAAGGUACAAAACAAAACGAGCGGUUCGACGAAGGCCACGAUUUAUUUCAGCUCAAGACAUUAAGGGAAAAUCAGCAAGGGAUGGUGCAGAAACCACCAGCUGCUCCUCUGUGGAUGUUCCUAGUCACUGGGAUAAAGCAGCUCUGCCCAGCUUCUCCUAUACGACUGUUACUCUCUCAAGGUCUGAACCAGAUUAUGAAAAAAUAACUUCAUUGUUUAAACGGACGAUGUCCUCGAGCACCAUCCACAGUGUCAAGAGAGUGCAAAAUCCUUCACUCUGGAAGGUUUUUCAAUGGCAGAAAGAACAGAUGAAGGAGAGGAAUGGAGGAGGAAAGAUAGAUGAACGUCAGCUCUUCCAUGGCACAGAUAAAUCUCUGAUUGAGGCCAUCUGUGAGCAGAACUUUGACUGGAGGAUUUCCGGUGCGCACGGAUCACUUUAUGGCAAAGGAAGUUACUUUGCCAGAGAUGCCAAGUACUCAGAUAGAUACGCUGUAUCCAAAGGCAGCACUAAGAUGAUGUUUGUUGCUCUUGUCCUUGUUGGAGAAUUUAUCAGAGGAUCCAGCACUUAUCUCCGACCCCCACAGAAGACACCGAAGGAAGGAUUUUAUGAUAGUUGUGUGGACAAUCCAAGCAACCCGGCUAUUUUUGUCAUCUUUGAGAAGUAUCAGAUCUAUCCCGAGUACAUCAUUGAAUACUCUUAAGGUCCAGAUAUGUGUGUGAACUGUGAUGAAUGUGGUGUUAACUUCAUGACAUCAUGAGUACUUAUGUUUUUAGAGUUUUAUGAACAAAAAGCUUAAUGGUAGCUUAAUACUGCACUUUCUAUUUGAAGAUAAAGAAAGGUUAAUGGUAGCUUAGUACUGCACUUUCUCUUGUCUAAUGAGGGCACUUAUUGCUACAGUGCAAUUAUUUAGAGUUGGUAUAAAUGGAGUCUUACUUCAUUCUCAGCCUACGGUAUGUUUAAUCAACUGUCAAUUGAUGUACUUCAAUUCUGAUACAUUUUCAAUACCUUUCCUAGAAGAUUUCAAAGGAGUGUAUCUCUUUCUAUCAGUUUUGUUUGUUUACAUCCAGGCUAAACUGCUGAAGGCAUUUCCAGUUUUGCAGUCAAUCAUUUUAACUUGUGGUGUCAUAAUGAGUCAUAAUAACCUGAUUAUGAGGAUCCAGGUUGGUCUGGUUCUACUGGCAUGACCCAGUGCUUGUCAGCUCAUGAAAUUUCCAAAUUCACCAAACAUUGUACUCAUAUUAACAAGACUGCAGAGUGUGAGAUGAAGGCUUCAAAAACUCCAGUAAGCUUCAUGAAUACAUUCCUAUCCUUGAAAUUGUUACUAUUUCUACUUCUCCUGAUGUUAGAAAGCAACACACAACCAUUCGUUUUCUAUGCAGGUCCACAACAUCAAGAUUCUGAACAUUUUUGUUCAAUAACGACAAUAAGAAAGUUCUAUUGUAAUCUAGACAUCUGUAUACCAGCAUCAUUGAUUCUUUUACUAUAACAACAUACCCUAUUGUGUUCUGUUUCUUUCAUCAUUUACUGCUAGUUAACUUAGCUUUUAGUAGCCAGCUAACUUUCAUCACUAGCUAAUUUAGCUGUUCUGUGAAAUGUUUGGCUUUCUGAAGACUUGUAUGGGCAAAAGAGUAAACAGUGAAACAGGACCAACAACCACACAACAUCAUCAUCACUGUAAACAUGCCUCAAAAACAUCUGGAAAAUAAAAAGCCUUUUCCUUCUUU